AUGACUACUUUCACGUACCAGUUUAACACGCCCACCUACAAGGGAUCCUCCAACUUCCCAACUGGCCUCUUCAUCGGUGGCAAGUUUGUCGAUGGAUCCGAGGGGAAAACCAUCGACGUCAUCAACCCGACGUCUGGAAAGGUCAUUACAGCGAUCUCUGAGGGUGGGUACAUUCCAUUCUAUUCACCUCCUACUCGAACGCGCAAGGACGUGGACGUCGCCGUUGCCACUGCGCACAAGGCAUUCGAGGAGUCUUGGGGUCUCAAGGUCCCCGGUUCUGAGCGCGGCAGAUUGCUUAUGCGACUUGCGGAUCUCAUCGAGCAAAAUGCAGAAGAACUUGCCGCUCUGGAGGCUCUCGAUAAUGGCAAGGCUUACAAGACAGCACUUGGCUUCGACGUUGCAGAGAGCGCGGCCGUCUUCCGAUACUAUGGUGGCUGGGCAGUGUUGAUGCUCGCCUGGAAAUUAGGCCCUAGUUUGAGCGUUGGCUGUACCGUCGUGCUCAAACCGUCAGAGCUCACCCCGCUCACAGCCCUUCGUAUCUGCUCCCUCAUCAACGAGGCCGGUUUCCCUCCAGGAGUUGUCAAUAUUGUGACUGGCUACGGCAACACCGUCGGUGCCGCAAUCGCGGAGCAUCCCCAUCUCGAAAAGGUUGCAUUCACCGGAUCUACUCUUGUCGGAAGGUCGAUCAUGAAAGCAGCUGCCAGCUCGAAUCUCAAAAAAGUCACGCUCGAACUCGGUGGCAAGAGUCCAAACAUUAUUUUCGACGAUGCAGAUAUCGACCAAGCCGUCAAGUGGUCUGCGUUCGGUAUCUUCUUCAACCAUGGACAGUGCUGCUGCGCUGGAUCUCGAGUCUAUGUCCAAGCGAGCAUAUACGACAAAUUUGUUGAUCUAUUCACCAAACACGUCAAGACACUCAAAGUCGGCGAUCCAUUUGAAGCAGAUACUUUCCAGGGCCCUCAGGUUUCGCAAACACAACAGGAGCGAAUCAUGGGGUACAUCAACUCUGGAAAGGCCGAGGGUGCCACUGUUCAUAUGGGAGGCGACCGCCAUGGAGAGGACGGCUACUUCAUCCAGCCGACCGUUUUCACUGAUACCACGCCCGAUAUGACAAUCUGCAGAGAAGAAAUCUUUGGUCCCGUUGUUGUGGUCAGCAAGUUCGAAGACGAAAAAGAUAUUAUUAAGCAAGCCAACGACUCGAUGUAUGGACUGGCUGCUGCCGUCUUCUCGCGCGACAUCACGCGCGCACUCACGGUGGCCAACAAGCUCCAAGCUGGCACUGUGUGGGUUAAUUGCUACAACCAGCUCAACCCACAGCUACCAUUCGGCGGAUAUAAGGCCAGUGGAUUUGGCCGUGAGCUUGGCGAGUAUGCCCUCCAAAACUACACCAAUGUCAAAGCUGUACACGUCAAUCUCGGGGCGAGGAAGUAA